AUGAAAGAACCAAUUUGUACUAUUCAUGCAUUUGCUAUCUCAACAUUAAGCGUUGGAGGAAUCCACCAAUUAACACUUUUGUCUUUUGAGCGUUAUGUUGGUGUUAAUCAUCCUUUUGUUUCAAUGAAAGUGUCAUUAAAAACUAAAGUUCUUUUUGCAACUGGAGCUUUUGUUUGGACACUCUUAACAACAACACCACCUUUAUUUGGUUGGUCUAGAUAUAAAGUUUUAGAUGAUAGUCUUCAUUAUUGUGUUUUUGAUUAUUUAUCAAAAGAAAAAUCAUCCCAAUUAUAUAUUUUAUAUUUAUUUUUAAAUGCUUAUAUAAUACCAUUAUCAAUUAUUGGAUUUUCAAAUUAUAAAAUUUUUUUAGCAGCUAAAGGUGUGAUAAAAAAUAGAAAAGUUAUUAUACAUAAAAAAUAUCGUCAUUCUCAAUCUUCAAAAACAUCGAAUGUUUAUGAAAAUAGUGAACUAUCAAUCAAAUUAGAUAACAUUUCUAAAAAUGAAUUUUUUAAUAAUCACCAAUAUUAUCAUUCACUUCUUAUUUAUAAAAAACAACAAAGAAAAUGUUCAAGAGUAAUUUUUUAUUGUGUUGGAUCAUUUGUAAUAUCCUGGACACCAUAUGCAUUUACAUCAAUUGUAUCAAAUAUUAUUUUUAAUACCAGAAUGAAUAAAAAUGUUGUUAUACUUACUGCUGUUGCAGCUAAAAUGUUUGUUAUAUGGAAUCCAAUCAUUUAUGGUUUAAUGGAUAGAACAUUUAAAAAUGAAUGUAUUCAAAUUUUUUCAAAAAUAUUUAAAUAG